UCCUUCCAACAAUUUCCAGGCGCGAAUAACAUCAUACAUGACUUUUGAAGAAUACUCUUCAGCUGGUGAUGUGUGCACCAGCGAUGGCGAGCCAAUAUCUAGCAAGCAGGCGGACAUGAACGAAGCAUAUUCUGCACUCGCUUCGGUGUAUGACAAGUAUAAUAGCGAAUCCUCCAUUCCACUGGCUGCAAUUGCAAAGAGAAGAGGCAUGGAAAUAAUUGCACCAGCGCCAGGAGUGGCAUUUUUGGAUAUGGCAGCUGGAACCGGGGAUAUGGCUAUGUGUUUUUUUGAGUAUCAAGACAUAGCCAACCACGACGCGCCAUCCACUGCUACCCUUGUUGACCUAAAUGCUGAUAUGCUUGAUAUUGCCAAGAGACGACUCGGAAACACCAAGUGGGUCAAGGACGGCCGCGUCGAGUUUAUAGAGGGUAAUGCCGAGCACAUAUCUGAUAUUCAGAACAGCACUUUUGACAUUUAUUGCUGCUACCUCGGGAUGCACAAUAUGGUUCACCGCGACAGGGCACUGAGUGAGGCCAUGCGUGUGCUAAAGCCAGGGGGGAAGAUAUAUGUUGCAGAGUUUAAUACCGGGACCUGGCGCAUUGGGAAGGUUGUUAGGAGGCUACUCGUCCAGUUUGUUCUGUACCUUAUUACUGGGACCAUAGGAGAUCGGACCAUGUCGCUGCGUCUGAAUAGAAGUGCACUCUCAUUUCCGUCGCCGCCUGAAUUCCUGCAGGAGCUGAAGACCGCAGGGUUCCAGGUGGAGGGCCAGGGGUAUCGCAGCAUAGCGUAUGGAUUGGCUGCCCUAUUCUCGGGCACAAAGCCGGUCGAGUGUGGCAGUGUAUUGUAGUUCCUUGGUGCCUAUUAUAUAUUGAAAAUAUACAGGCAAGGAAGCAGUGCGAGCGAGAGUGGAUCCCAGCGAGUGCAGUCAAUUCAGCAGUUGUAGUGAUGCGUGUAGGCUGCCAUGAC